GAGGAAAAUCCUGAGGAGUUCUUGCUUCAACAGUGUUUGAACGGAACCUCUCCUUUCGUCCUUCUCUUAUUUCGACUCGUCUGCCUUCCGGACACCGAACAACAAUUUUCUACUUGAGCACUACUGAAAAAAGUCGCCGUAAAGCUCUAUUUUUGUACUGUUUUGAUAAGAAAAAGCACAAGAAACGCCAGCCAAAAUGGAGUCCCAAGUGCGUCAGAACUACCACCGCGACUGCGAGGCCGCCAUCAACCGGAUGGUCAACAUGGAGCUGUUUGCCUCUUACACCUACACUUCAAUGGGCUUUUACUUCUCCCGGGACGAUGUGGCCCUCCCAGGCUUCUCCCACUUCUUCAAGGAGAACAGUGAGGAGGAGAGGGAGCACGCCGAGAAGCUGCUGUCCUUCCAGAACAAAAGAGGAGGACGCAUCUUCCUCCAGGAUGUCAAGAAGCCGGAGCGUGAUGAGUGGGGGAGCGGGCUGGAGGCCAUGCAGUGCGCCCUGCAGCUGGAGAAGAACGUCAACCAGGCCCUGCUGGACCUGCACAAGCUGGCCUCUGAUCAUGGAGACCCUCAUCUGUGUGACUUCCUGGAGAGCCACUACCUGAACGAGCAGGUGGAGGCCAUCAAGAAGCUGGGCGACUACAUCACCAACCUCACCCGCAUGGAUGCCCACAACAACAAGAUGGCGGAGUACCUGUUUGACAAGCACACCCUGGGGGACAAGAGCUAAACGCAGAGCUCCAGGGUUGAGCCUCAAAUUACAAUCUGAAUGAUACGCCGGCUUUAAACUAAACUCACCCUUCUACUCCUGCUGUUCAUUCACAGUAACUCUAAAUCCAGUCUGCUGAAUCUGAAGUAGAUAUGUUCUGGUGUCGCAGUUUUAAAUGUCAUGUAGGAGGAUGGGUACUGGUUCUGAGGGUUCGGGCUGAGAUGGUCCUCCACAGAGUGUUUUACUGCUUUCUGCCUCGCCUGCCUGCUGUCGAGCUUUCAUGGUUUUGACUGUAGCCUCUUUACCUGUAAGCCUCCCCUCCUGUGACAUUUUUAACGAUGGUGACUUUCUGAUCUGUACUUAAUCUGAAUAAACAUUCUGAGCUGGAA